CAUCACUUAAUAUUUAUAAAUAAAAAGCAUUUAUAUGUCACACGAUAUUUUAUGCAAGAAUGAUAUAAAAGAAAUAUCUGAAAUGGGAAAAGAAGCAGAAGAUAGGAGUACAAACAUAAACACUUUUCAAAUGUCUCCAACAUCCCAGAAACUGAUUGAAGGAAGUAAUUAUCAGAAAAAUUGUUUAAAGAUUAUAACAGAGAAAGGUGUUAAUAUUGACAUAACAGAGGAAAAUUCAAGUAGUUCUAUCACCAGUUUUUCAUCUUCAGAUUUAAUGGAGGAUGCAAAUUCAUCAUCUACUACUUCUUCCGCUUCUUCAUCUUCAAAUGGACCUCUGUUUCAGUUGUCAGAUCUUAUGGAUCAACUUCCCAUCAAGAGAGGACUUUCAAAGUACUACCAAGGGAAAUCUCAGUCAUUUACAUCACUAACAAGUGUGGAAAGCUUAGAAGAUCUACCAAAGAAAAAGAAUCCUUACAAUUACAACAAAAGGAUAAAAUUAUGCAGGAGUUAUUGUAGAGGUUUUGACACUAAGAAAUUGUGCAGUCCAAAACCUGCCAUUUCUAAAAACAAUUCAAGGAAUACUUCUUUUCCAUCACUACCCAAAAUUAGUUGUAGUAAUAAUCUCAUCAUCUCUUCUUGUAGACCUCCUCAUUCUCUUCCUCCAGUACAAAAACAUUUUUAAUUUCUUUACUUUCUUAUAUUUAUCAGGGGAACUUGCUCCAAAAUUUUGUAGAAUCUCGGCCAAAAAUAAGGCUGCAUCGCAUCGUUUUGUUUGCGUUGUAAAGUUUUUCAAAAACAACAAAUCAAUAUCUUUUACGUUGUAAAGGAUAAAAAACCGCAUUGUGGCCGUAUUAGUGGAAAUCUUAUAAUUUCGACUGAUAUUUAGGCGUUAUACCGCAUUAUCAUUUCCGUUACUGCAAUUGCAACUUUUACCACGUUUCUACAUGAUCUGGUGUUCAGAAAACCUUGAUUAAAUACUGAGCAAAUUCUUAUUA